CAAUUCAGCAUUUCCUUUAGCUGCACCUCUAUCUCUGUCUUUCUUUCUUUCUUUCUCUCUCUCUCUCUCUCUCUCUCUUUCUCGUGCGUCCCAUACCUUCCCUCGCUAUCUAGCAACUUCCUAUUGACCACCAACAAAGACAUGCCUAGGGCUCUUGACGAGGAGCUGAACGCAGACUAG